AUGGCGGCACGAAAACUGCAACAAGAAGUCGACAAGUGCUUCAAGAAGGUGGCCGAAGGCGUCGCCGAGUUCGAGGCCAUCUACGAGAAAAUCGAGCAAUCGAAUAACAUUUCUCAGAAGGAGAAGCUGGAGGACAACCUCAAGCGUGAAAUCAAGAAGCUCCAGCGUCUACGAGAUCAGAUCAAGACAUGGGCCGCAAGCAACGACAUCAAGGACAAGGCUCCUUUACUGGAACACCGUCGCUUGAUCGAGACGCAAAUGGAGAAGUUCAAGGCCGUCGAGAAGGCCAUGAAGACUAAGGCAUACUCCAAGGAAGGGUUGGCCUCUUCAGCGAAACUCGACCCACAAGAACAGGCCAAGGCAGAGGCAAGCGAUUUCCUGAGCAGCAUGGUCGACGAGCUGGAACAACAGAUCGAGACCCUCGAAGCCGAGAGUGAGUCGAUACAAGCCACCAUGAAGAAGGGCAAGAACCAGUCUGCCAAGGCCGAGCGCAUCGCCGAGAUCGAGCGCAUCAUUGAGCGCCAUAAAUGGCAUCAGAGCAAACUUGAGCUAAUUCGGAGAUCCCUCGAGAACGGUGGCGUGGAUACGGAUCAAGUGACCGACCUCGAGGAAUUGAUCCGCUAUUACGUUUCAGAUGGCAUGAACGACGACUAUAUCGAGGACGACGAGAUGUACGAUGACUUGAACUUGGACGAGGAGGAGGGCGUGUACGGCAUGCCUCAGGAUGGUGACAAGGGAUCGUCGCAAGACGCCCAGUCGCAAGCAGAGGAGCCAACACCGGAGCCCGAGAUCAUCAAGCCUCCAAGCGCAAAGCCAAAGGCAGUGGCAGAGGUAUCUGCGUCGGGACGGAGGUCGAGUGCGCAAUCCAAGUCCCCCUUACCGGCGCUGGCAACGCUGCAUACGCCAUUAGCGACUAUCAGCAACGGCAACUCGAGCGGCCCCGUCAUGAAGCCAGCAUCUGUUCCCGCAAGACCUGCAGAAGGCCUCAAGUACGCGUCUGCGGCGGCGGCAGCAGCGGCGUCAGACAAGAUUGGAAUCUCCCCGUUGCCACCUCCACCAGGCGCCCAACCCGUCGCCAUUGCCAGUCCAGCGCAGGCCAAGACGAGCGUAUCAAACUCUCCAGCAACGACAUCCGCACACCCAGUCGCUGCGAAAGAGCCUGAAAUCAAGCAGCCAACGGUACCGUCAGCAAGCACGAGCGAGGCCCCCGCAACCAGCGCAAAGGCAAUGCCCACUCCGAGCAAAGCGGAAAAGCGGGCAGCCAAGAACCAAGCCGCGGCGGAGGCGGCGGAAGCUGCCAAGGCUGCUCAAACGAACGGCGCCGCCAACGGUGUCAAGCCUGUCGUGGAGGAAGAAGAAGAGGAGUCGAUAUACCACCUUCCCGCUUCUCUCCAAGACCUCGUCGAGUCGUUCGAGACGUCACGCAAGCGCCCGCCUUCCUACACCUCAGCGACCACACAGCGCAUGCUCCAGGCAUCGCAGGCCAUGUGCCCCGACAUUAUGGACACGGAUGUACCGCGGACCUACCGCCCCGACGUGCGCAUUUCGUCGUCAGGAACCGGCUUCCCUUCGGAGCCUCUUCCGCUAUUCGAGGACCCGCGUCUGUACCAGCGCAUCGAUCCUGACACUCUAUUCUACGUCUUCUACUACAAGCAAGGCACGCCCCAACAAUACCUGGCGGCCAAGGCGCUGAAGGAUCAGAGUUGGCGGUUUCAUAAGCAGUACCAAACCUGGUUCCAGCGCCAUGAGGAACCGAAGAACAUUACGGAGGAGUUUGAGCAAGGCACAUACCGGUUCUUCGACUAUGAGAGCACAUGGAUGAACCGUAGAAAAGCGGACUUCAAGUUCGCCUACAAGUUCCUCGAGGACGAUGUAUGA